AUGGAUAUGGCAUAUCGAAAUGCUGUUUUUUUACAUAUCAAUGAGCAAUUAGAAAAUGUUUAUAAUUAUAAUGAUAGACCACGUUUUCACAUAAGGGAUGAUCCAUUUCAAUUAUCUGAAAGGCAAUUUAUAAAUAUUUUUCGAUUGAAAAAAGAAACAACAAUCAGGCUUAUUGAUAUUGUAGACAAUUAUAUAGAACCAUCACGACCUACUGCUUUACAAUCAACUUUACAAGUUUUAGCAGCAUUACGCUUUUUUGCAUCAGGAAGCUAUCAGAAUUGCAUAGGACAUAAUAUUUAUACAGCAAUUAGUCAACCUUCUGUUAGCAGAUGUAUUCGCAAUGUAACUAAUAUUCUUAAUUUACCAGAAGUAUUUAAUAAUUGGGUUCGUUUUCCUCAUAAUAUUCAGGAACUGCAACAACUACGUAAUAAAUUUUGGAUAAAUCAUCGCUUUCCUGGAGCCAUCGGUUGUAUAGACUGCACUCAUAUAGCAAUUGUUCCACCUCCAAAAAAUGACGAAAAUUAUCCUGAACAUAUUUAUAUUAAUAGAAAAGGAUACCAUUCUAUAAACGUACAAUUGAUAUGUGAUUCCGAUCUUAGAAUAAUGAAUGUGAAUGCCCGAUAUCCAGGAAGCACUCACGAUUCAUAUAUCUGGAAUAAUAGUAAUGUUCUUCCUAUUAUGCAAGAGAUUUAUAAUCGUGGACACAAUUUCUUUUUACUAGGUGACUCUGGUUAUGCUCUUAGACCUUGGAUGAUGACUCCAGUAAUGGAUAAUGAACUUAAUAUUGCUACGAGAAGAUAUAAUGAUCAGCAAAAGAGCACUAGAUCAAUCAUUGAACGUUGCAAUGGUCUCUUAAAAAUGAGAUUUCGUUGUUUAUUAAAACAUAGAGUUUUACAUUACCGGCCAGAUGUUUGUUCAAAAAUUAUUAAUGCUUGUGUAGUGCUGCAUAAUAUGUGCAUUCAUGACAACGUGCCUAUACCUACACUUGAAUUAGAAGAUGAAAUAUUGGACUUCGGUAUGAAUGUUAUGGAUGGUGUAAAUGAAUUGGAAAUAGAUAGAGCAGGUAGAAAUCACGAACUGACAGUUGGCCGAAGAAUCCGCAACAAUCUAAUAAGACAGUAUUUCUCAUGA